AAACAAGCAGAGAGAUAGAGAGAGAAUAUACAGAAAUGAGCAGGUCGAGCUCGAGCAUGGCCACCGUCCUCGUGGUGUUGAUGGUCGUCAGCACCGGCGGCUUAUCCCCACCAUGUGCGGCCGCAGCGAAGGAGGAGAAGCCAGUGGUGGUGCUGCCACCAGCGGCGGCGCCAGGGGAGGCGCCCUUCGCGGAGGCGGCAGCGUUCGUCCGCUCCUGCUGCGAAACCGCCCUGCCGGCCGAGCGCGACGCCUCCAGCUUUUGCUACGACGAGCUGCUCCCAUACGCUGACUCCUUCGGAGGCAACCAGGUGAAGGUCACCGAGGUGGCCGCCACCAUCCUGAGCAACAACCUCUCGGCCUACCUCGACGAGUUGCGCAAGGUCCAGGACGGGGCCGGCAAGGGGGACCAGAACCUGAUGGCCUGCGUCGAUGGCUUUACCGAUGCCACCAACGUGAACAUCACCAAGGAGGCGCUGGACAGCCUCGGCCGUCUUGCCGCCGCCGGAGAUGGCAAGCGCAGCAAGGAGGAUCUGGAGAAUGUGCAGAAGUGGAUCAAAGGGGUGGACAAACACUACGUCGGAGGGAACGCGGCUGGGUCCGAUUGCGAGACAGGUUACCUGUACACUUAUAAUGAUGAUCUCCCCGCUCAGGAAACCCUUGGAAAUUGUCUCUACACUGCCAGCUCCCUCAUCAAUCACAUAAAGCUUUAAUAAAUCAAGCUAUAUUUAUAGCCUUCCAUGCAUGCUCUCUAGCUACCUACUAAGUAGAAGUACAUUAUUUUAUUAAUUAUACUUGUUAAUUACCAUGAUCGAUUAGUGGUGUUAUCCAAGAUUUUUGGUAACAUUUUUUUUUCUCAAUUUUCCAUUUCAUAUAUUCCCAACUCUCAAUUCUACAUUAUAUAUCAUUUUUUCAUUCGACUUCAUC